AGGCGAGCACUUGGGCCUGCGGCUGUCUGGGCCUGUUUGUGUGUGGGGCCCCCUCAGAUUGGAGGCAAACCUGGGGGCCCUCCCCGGAGAGGCCAAAGCUGUGGACAAAGCUGUUGAGAGGCUUCAAGGCCCGCCAGAGGGGACGUGAGUGAAAAAGCGCCCGGUUCUGAGGAAGCAGUGUGAUAAAAGACUGUGCAAGAGCUGGGGAGGUAAUUUCAUGCUCCCAAAAUGGGACACAAAGUGGUCGUGUUCGACAUUUCUGUCAUCAGAGCCUUGUGGGAGACGCGCGUCAAGAAGCACAAAGCUUGGCAGAAGAAGGAGACAGAAAGGCUCGAGAGAAGUGCAUUGGAAAAGAUAAAGGAGGAGUGGAACUUCGUGGCCGAGUGCAGGAGGAAAGGCAUCCCCCAGGCUGCGUACUGCAAGAAUGGCUUCGUAGACACCAGCGCGAGGCUUUUGGAAAAGAUCGAAAGGGACACUUUCGCGAGGCAGAGUUCACUUUCCAAGGAGAGAAACAAACGGAGUCCGUUUGUGUUUGAGCUUUCGGGGGAGCAGUGGACGGAGCUCCCGGAUUCACUGAAGGAGCAGACACACCUACAAGAAUGGCACAUCACUAAUACCCUGAUUCAAAUCAUUCCUACCUACAUUGAGCUGUUUCAAGCAAUGAGAAUUCUGGAUCUGCCAAAAAACCAAAUCUCCUGUCUUCCGGCUGAAAUUGGUCGCUUGAAGAACCUGAAAGAACUCAAUGUGAGCUUCAACCUUCUGAGAAGCAUCCCUCCAGAAUUGGGGGACUGUGAAAAUCUAGAGAAACUGGAUUGUUCUGGAAACCUAGAAUUAACCGAGCUCCCCUUUGAAUUAAGUAACUUGAAGCAAGUUACAUUUGUAGAUAUCUCAGCAAACAAGUUUGCCAGUGUCCCGAUCUGUGUCCUGAGGAUGUGUAAUUUGCAGUGGUUGGAUAUCAGCAACAAUAUCCUGAAUGACCUGCCCCAAGAUAUAGACAGGCUAGAAGAACUGCAGACCUUUCUCUUGUAUAAGAACAAGCUGACCUAUCUUCCUUAUGCCUUGCUUAACCUAAAGAAGCUCACCUUGCUAGUCGUCAGUGGGGACCAUUUGGUGGAGCUCCCGACUGCCCUGUGUGACUCAUCCACACCUUUAAAAUUUGUAAGCCUUAUGGACAAUCCUCUUGAUAAUGCCCAGUGUCAAGAUGGCGUUGAAGUGAUGGAAAGUGAACGCGAUCGUCAAUGCUUUGAUAAAGAAUUUUUGAAAGCCUAUCUUGAAGAUGUUAAAGAAAGAGAAUCUGUUCCCAGCUAUACCACCAAAGUAUCUUUUAGCCUUCAGCUUUGAUACCAUCCACUAGAAGACUGCAAAAUCUCCCUGUACUUCUGAGCUAUAAAUCUUGGUGUCUUGGAAUAAUGGUUUGCACUUAAGGACAAAGUCUAGAAACCACAGUCCUAGUUAGGAAAAAUGAUUUUCAGAUUUCACAUUUGUGAAUACUUCUCCAGUGGGCUGGAGAAUUGGUAAGUGGGUUUAUAUAUGAAGGUUCAUUUACAUAAACUUUUUCCCAAAUAACGCACGUUUAAUAUUUUAGAAAAUGUGUUAUUUUUUUAAAUUAAAACCUAGAGACCAAAAUCUGAAGUUGAUUGCACUGUUUUUAGGAAUCCAGGGAUAAAGGGGUUGUAAAAAGAGCAUUUAUAUGGGACUAGCCAAAUGAGAUUUUAUUUUAUUUUGAAAGAGUUUUAAUGAAUUAUUUCUUUUGCUGAGAAAAGCUUCCCUUGGGUUAAUACAAACUGCUAUUUUAUAUGUUUUAAUUGUAUUUUCUAAGUGUAGGGUCUUAGGAAAGACUUUAGGUGUAAUUUGGGCAUUGAAGGUAGAAAGAAGGGCUGGAUUGUCUGCUCAUGUAUUGGGCACAGGACACUCAGAUGGUGUGCUGGUGGUCCUCACAGAGGCAUUGUGGUCCUGGCUGGUCCUGGGAAGACUUACAUGAUCUAAAUAGAUGGUCCUGAGUGGGUACUUCAUGGGUCUCAGGAUGCACCUUAGAAUAGGGAGCAGAGGCAGUACCCUCAGGGACCCCUCCUCCAAGGUGGCUGUGCAAGGUACCAGGGAUGACUAGUCUGUACCAGUGAGGAUGCCCUAGCAAAGCUUCCUGACAGAUGCCACAGGAGAACUCUGCCCAGGCCAUCAUGCUGCAGCCCACAGGGAGCUCAUGGGACUGUUUUUUGUUGGCAAAGAUGGGAGUCAUGAUAGGAUUUUGGACUCCUUUGUCAUAUCAUCUGAUUUGGAGAGAAAUUGUACAAAUAUUUAUUUUUAUACCACUGUUUUAGGCUAGAGGAAACAGGAUUGUAAGUUGAAAAUAAGUUUUAACAAACAGCUUCUGUGAUUAAGAAAGAAAAAGUGCAUAUAUUCACGUUUAUUCCUAUAUGAAUUGACUCCUACAUGGUCUAAUUCAGUGCCAUCCAGUAGAAUUUUCUGCAGUGAUGGAAAUGUUCUGUAUCUGCGCUGUCCAAAUGUAGUGACCACCAGACACACAUGCUUUUUGACUACUUGAAUAAUGACUGAUAUAACUGAAGAACUUUUAAUUAAUUAAGGAUUUUUAAUUAAAUUUAAAUUUGGAUUGCCAUAGGGGGGUGCCAUAUUGGACACAUAAGUCCAGACGGUUGGGUUUUUGGGGAAGAAACAAAGGGUGAUUUUUUUUCUUUUAUCUGAACAACAAUCUGUCCGCAAAGGGGUCACUAUUGACACCCUCCAUAUUUUGUCUUGGUAGAUUUAAUCAUAAUUCCUAGUGUUUUAUCCUCAACAGAUGCAAACCAAGCAGAGAAUUCUAAAAGCAUAUGGUAAUGUUUCAGCAGAGGAUUGCCUCAAGUUAAAAACAAACUCUGAGAAGUAGGUUAAGAGAUGAAAAGAGUAGGAAAAUGAGAAAUUACUGCAACUGAACCUCAAACAAUCGUAUUCUUCUUUUAAGUCUUCAAAAUUGGCGUUGAAAUUUAUUAGUUGUAUUACUUAAAUGAUUUUGAAAUUUCAUUUCAUGCCAAGGUAUACAUUAUGUUUAGCCAAAUGGAAAACGAAUCUUAAAAAGGGGCAAAUAGGGGCUUUCACAUAAGUUGUCCAUGACUUAUGUAAAAUUUAUUUCAACAAAACCAGUCUUUUGUGCAAAAACCCUGUAUUGGUGCUACAUUUCCUUCCUAAACAAAGGAAAAAGUAUUGCACCGAUACAUAAUUAUUUCAUGUCACAUAAUAUCCCAUGCCCAAUAUAUUAUUUGAAUAUAACGUGUGUAGAGAUACUAUUUAAUUUGUUCAUGUAUGUGUAAAAAUGCAGCAAGAUUAUAAGGCAUCCUAGUGGCAAUAUCCUAGAGAUUUGAAAAUUUUACAUGAUACAUAGGGACUGAUUCAUAAUUUGGAAAAGGAAUUUCCGUAGUGGGAUAUAUGUAUGAGCGUUAAAGCAAUAUGAAUAAAAGGAUAAAAU